CUACACUUGGGAAACAACAUGAAGAUUGUCUACUAUCCCACUGGAUGACAUUGUUUUACAGCAGAGGAUGUCUUUCUGACUGGCAGGUUAUGAAUGUGUUCCCUGGAUAUGCUUCCUGUUAUCAACCAGAGCACUGAAUCUCUUCAGAAACCAGCCCCUCUUUAAUACUUGCGUAAAGAGUUGAGGUUCUUCUAGCAAUGAGUUCUCAAAGCCAUUCAGAUGGACUUUCUGGCAGGGACCAGCCAGUAGAGUUACUAAAGCCAACCAGAGUAAACCACAUGCCAAGUUCUGUUGAUGUGACCACAGCACUACCUUUGCAAGUUGCACCAUCCGUUGUCCCCAUGGAUCUCCACUUGGACCAUCAGUUUUCCAUGCCCGUGACAGAGCCUACGUUACGAGAACAGCAGCUCCAACAGGAACUUCUGGCCCUCAAACAAAAGCAGCAGAUCCAGAGACAGAUCCUCAUAGCAGAAUUCCAGCGACAGCAUGAUCAGCUGUCUCGUCAGCAUGAAGCUCAGCUGCAUGAACAUGUAAAGCAGCAACAGGAGAUUCUGGCAAUGAAACAUCAGCAGGAGCUCUUGGAACACCAGAGAAAGUUAGAACAGCAUCGGCAGGAGCAAGAGUUGGAGAAGCAGCACAGAGAACAGAAACUACAGCAGCUUAAAAACAAAGAGAAAGGAAAAGAAAGUGCGGUGGCAAGCACAGAGGUAAAAAUGAAGUUACAAGAGUUUGUUUUGAAUAAAAAAAAAGCUUUAGCCCAGCGGAAUCUCAACCAUUGCAUUUCCAAUGAUCCUCGUUUCUGGUAUGGGAAAACACAGCACAGUUCUCUUGACCAGAGCUCACCCCCACAAAGUGGAGUAUCGGGUACCUAUAAUCACCCUGUGCUAGGGAUGUAUGAUUCCAAAGAUGACUUUCCACUCAGAAAAACAGCAUCAGAACCCAAUCUCAAAUUGCGAUCCAGAUUAAAGCAGAAGGUGGCUGAAAGACGCAGUAGCCCCUUGUUACGAAGAAAAGAUGGUCCUGUAGUUACAGCUCAUAAGAAGCGGCCCUUAGACGUUACAGACUCUGUGUGCAACAGUGCUCCUGGGUCUGGCCCCAGUUCUCCAAACAAUAGCUCCAGUAAUAUAAGUGCUGAGAAUGGAAUUGCUGGAUCAAUGGCAAAUAUUCAAGCAGAGACCAACCUGGCCCACAGACUAGUGAACCGUGAAAGCUCCAUAUCACAGCUUCCUCUGUACACCUCUCCCUCCUUGCCCAAUAUAACAUUAGGACUACCGGCAACCGCCCCUUCCAGUGGGGGAUCAGGACAGCAGGAUGCUGAAAGACUUGUUAUUCCAUCCUUGCAACAACGAAUCUCCUUGUUUCCUGGAACCCAUCUAACCCCUUAUUUGAGUGGUUCGGCUGUGGAAAGAGAUGGGGGAACUACACAUAACCCUCUUCUUCAACACAUGGUCUUACUGGAACAGCCAACGGCACAAAAUCCCUUAGUCCAAGACUGGUAUCUUUCAGGACUGGGGGCUCUCCCCCUCCAUGCGCAAUCCCUGGUUGGCGCGGACCGGCUCUCUCCCUCCAUACACAAACUGCGGCAGCAUCGCCCUCUGGGCCGUACCCAGUCUGCUCCUCUUCCCCAGAAUGCCCAGGCCCUACAGCAAUUAGUGAUUCAACAACAGCAUCAGCAGUUCUUAGAAAAACACAAACAGCAAUUCCAGCAGCAGCAGCUGCACAUUAACAAGAAAAUACCAAAAACAAAUGAAUCUUCUCGCCAGCAUGAAAGCCAUCCUGAAGAGACGGAAGAGGAAUUACGAGAACACCAGGCGUUUUUGGAAGAUGCAUAUAUUGAUAGAAUAUCAAACCAGAAGGAUGCCCAGGGGCUGGCCAGUAUGGUCCAGGUAAAGCAAGAACCCCUUGAGAAUGACGAAGAUGGAGAGAUGCCACAAGAACUAGACCCAGGGCAGAAGCAGGCUGAGCAGGAAUUGCUAUUCAGACAGCAAGCGCUUUUACUGGAGCAGCAACGCAUUCACCAGCUGAGAAAUUACCAGGCAUCCAUGGAAGCUGCUGGUAUCCCUGUGUCCUUUGGAGGGCAUCGGCCGCUUUCUCGUGCCCAAUCCUCACCUGCUUCUGCAAACUUUCCCAUGUCAGUACAGGAGCCACCCUGCAAACCACAGUUCACAACAGGCCUUGUAUAUGAUACGUUGAUGCUGAAACACCAGUGUACCUGUGGAAACACAAACAGUCACCCAGAGCACGCAGGGAGAAUCCAGAGCAUUUGGUCGCGACUCCAGGAGACAGGUCUUCGUAGCAAGUGUGAGUGUAUCCGUGGAAGAAAAGCAACUCUAGAAGAGCUACAGACUGUUCAUUCAGAAGCCCAUGCAUUGCUUUAUGGUACCAAUCCUCUGAACAGACAGAAAUUGGAUAGUAAGAAACUAUUAGGUUCUCUAACAUCAAUGUUUGUCAGGCUCCCUUGUGGCGGCAUUGGCGUUGACAGUGAUACAAUUUGGAAUGAAGUACAUUCGUCUAGUGCUGCUCGGCUUGCUGUUGGCUGUGUAAUAGAGCUUGUUUUUAAAGUGGCUACAGGAGAACUGAAGAACGGAUUUGCUGUAGUUCGACCUCCUGGUCACCAUGCAGAAGAAAGUACACCUAUGGGUUUCUGCUAUUUCAAUUCUGUGGCAAUUUCCGCUAAACUUCUCCAGCAAAGACUGAAUGUGAGCAAAAUCCUCAUAGUGGACUGGGAUGUGCAUCAUGGCAAUGGUACUCAGCAGGCUUUCUACAAUGAUCCAAGUGUACUUUAUAUUUCACUACAUCGGUAUGAUGAUGGAAACUUCUUCCCAGGCAGUGGAGCUCCUGAUGAGGUUGGCAUAGGACCAGGUGUCGGUUUCAACGUUAAUAUGGCAUUUACUGGCGGUCUUGAUCCGCUAAUGGGAGACACGGAAUACUUGACUGCUUUCAGAACAGUAGUAAUGCCAAUUGCGAAUGAGUUUGCUCCAGAUGUUGUUCUGGUAUCGUCUGGUUUUGAUGCAGUGGAAGGUCAUCCCGCACCUCUUGGAGGAUAUAAUCUGUCAGCAAAAUGCUUUGGGUACCUUACGAAACAGCUGAUGGGGCUUGCUGGAGGACGAAUUGUUCUGGCCCUCGAAGGAGGCCAUGACCUGACAGCCAUUUGUGAUGCAUCUGAAGCAUGUGUUUCUGCUCUUUUAGGAAAUGAGCUUGAUCCUCUCCCUGAAAAAGUAUUACAACAAAGAGCAAAUGACAAUGCAUUGCAUUCUAUUGAAAAAGUCAUUGAAAUACACAGUAAGUACUGGCAUUCACUCCAGCGUUAUUCCUCGACAGUUGGCUACUCUUUGAUAGAGGCGCAAAAGUGUGAGAAUGAAGAAGCAGAAACUGUAACAGCCAUGGCGUCGUUGUCGGUGGGAGUCAAGCCAGCUCCUGACAAAAAGCCAGAUGAGGAACCCAUGGAGCAGGAUCCUCCCCUGUAGCACUCAUCUUCGGGGCUGGAGUUCUCCUGUUUGUUCGUCUUGUCUUGGGGCUCUGCGAGGAAGCUGUCCCUUGUUACUCCUGCAUCUGGUCAUGGUUUACUUCCAGACUACGGAAAGGCAGCCAUGCGUGAAAGAAAGGCAAAAGUUCUCCACAUCUGUACAGAAUAUGCUUAUAGAAGAGGGGAAAUGCAGGUGAAGAGCAGAUAUAUUAAAGACACGCGCACUGAACAUUCCUCCUCUCUCCUAAAGGGGAGCCAAAAGAGGCAAGAAAUCAGUGAAGUAUUUGGCAGAACUGCCAACUUUUUUAAAGGAAACAAAAAAUUUUCACACAGACAUGACAACUUUCUUUUGAAACUGGUGCUUAAAAUUUGAUUACCCUCUGUUUCAGACCACUCAACCCAUAUCGGAAGUUUUUAAUUUUUGUUUUAAUUUUCUGGCUUUUGCCUAUCUGUGAUUCAGACAUUCUCUUCGAAACCCAAACAAUAUGAGGAGGGUUUUUUUCCAUAUGAAGGGUGAAAAGAGAACUUAAGAUUUUUAUACUUAUAUAGAUAUGUACAAGCAGACUAAACAUGUGGUGAGGAAGAACGUUAACCUAGGGGAACAGCCCAGAAAGGAGAUCAGCUUUAAUAUCUCCAAAGCCACCUGAAGAGUUUGUUGUGCCUUUAAAUAAAGAUUGGAUUGAU